AUGAGCCAGGCCAGGCCUCGGUAUGUGGUGGACCGCUCGACAUACUCCCUCACCCUAUUUGACGAGGAGUUCGAGAAGAAGAACAGAAGCUUCCCUGUCGGAGAGAAACUCCGCAACACUUUCAGAUGUUCAGCUACCAAGGUCAAGACUGUGGUGUUCGGCUUACUCCCCAUCUUCUCCUGGCUCCCCAAAUACAAAAUCAAGGAUUACCUCAUUCCCGAUUUGCUGGGGGGGCUCAGCGGGGGAUCCAUCCAGGUACCUCAAGGGAUGGCGUUUGCUCUCCUGGCCAAUUUACCUGCUGUGAAUGGCCUUUAUUCUUCUUUCUUUCCGCUCCUGACUUACUUCUUCCUGGGGGGCGUUCACCAACUGGUUCCAGGUACUUUUGCCGUCAUCAGCAUCCUGGUGGGUAACAUCUGUCUCCAGCUGGCUCCAGAGUCCAAGUUCAGCAUCUUUAAUGCCACGAACAACACAACCUCGGUGGACAAAGCGGCCAUGGAUGAGGCCAGGCUCCACAUCUCUGCCACACUGGCCUGCCUAACGGCCAUCAUCCAGAUGUGCCUCGGCUUGGUGCAGUUUGGCUUUGUGGCCAUCUACCUCUCUGAGUCCUUCAUCCGGGGCUUCAUGACAGCUGCUGGGCUGCAGAUCUUCAUCUCAGUGCUCAAAUACAUCUUCGGGCUGACUAUUGCUUCCUAUACUGGCCCCGGGGCCAUUGUCUAUACAUUCAUCGAUAUUUGCAGAAACCUGCCAAACACCAACAUCGCCUCGCUGAUCUUCGCCCUGGUCAGCGCCGUCUUCCUGGUACUGGUGAAGGAGCUGAACAUCCGCUACAUGCACAAGAUACGUGUGCCCAUCCCCACGGAGCUCAUUGUGGUAGUUGUGACGACAGCUAUUUCUGGUGGUCUGAAGAUGCCCCAAAAAUACCACAUGCAGAUUGUGGGAGAGAUCCAUCAAGGAUUCCCCACCCCCGUCUCCCCAGUUGUGAGUCAGUGGCAGGACAUGAUCGGCACAGCGUUCUCCCUUGCCAUCGUGGGAUACGUCAUCAACCUGGCCAUCGGGAGGACCCUGGGGGGUAAACAUGGCUACGACGUGGACUCUAACCAGGAAAUGAUUGCUCUUGGCUGUAGCAACUUCUUUGGCUCCUUCUUCAAAAUCCACGUCAUCUGCUGUGCCCUGUCUGUCACCUUGGCAGUGGAUGGGGCUGGAAGCAAAUCUCAGGUAGCCAGUCUGUGUGUGUCUCUAGUGGUUAUGAUCACCAUGCUGGUGCUGGGGGUUUACCUGUACCCCCUCCCAAAGUCUGUGCUCGGAGCCCUGAUUGCUGUCAACCUCAAGAAUUCUCUCAAGCAACUUACCGACCCCUAUUACCUGUGGAAGAAAAGCAAGCUGGAUUGUUGCGUCUGGGUAGUGAGUUUCCUUUCUUCCUUCUUCCUGGGGCUGCCCUACGGCGUGGCUGUGGGUGUGUCUUUCUCCAUCCUGGUCGUCGUCUUCCAGACCCAGUUUCGGAAUGGUUAUGCCCUGGCCCAGGGCAUUGGCACUGAUAUUUACGUGAACCCCAAGGCCUACAGAAAGGUCCAGGAAGUGGAGGGGAUUAAGAUCGUCACCUAUUGCUCCCCACUCUACUUUGCCAAUUCUGAGAUCUUCAGGCAGAAGGUCAUUGCCAAGACGGGCGUUGACCCUCGGAAGGUGCUACUGGCCAAGCAGAAAUACUUGAAAAACCAGGAAAUGGGGAGACAGAUGCCCACGCAGCAAAGAAAAUCCCUGUUCAUGAAGGCCAAGACCGUCUCCCUGCAGGAACUGCAGCAGGACUUUGAAAGCGCCUCCCCCACCGACACGAACAACAAUCAGACUGCUGCGAAUGGGAGUGGCAUCUCCUACAUCACCUUCAACCCCGAGACUCCCGCAGCCCCGAGGCGGGAGCCGCCGGCCCCCCCGCCGCAGCCUAAAGAGCUGGAGGACACUCUGGCCAGGGUCCCCCCCUUUGUCACUUUCCACACGGUGAUUCUGGACAUGAGCGGCGUCAGCUUCGUGGACCUGAUGGGCAUCAAGGCGUUGGUGAAACUCUCCUCUGGCUUCCAGAAGAUUGGCGUGAAAGUCUUCCUAGUGAAUAUUCAUGCUCAGGUGUACAACGACAUCAACAACGGGGGCGUCUUUGAAGAUGGAGGGCUGGAGCAGACUCACCUGUUCCCCACCAUGCAUGAUGCCGUCCUCUGUGCCCAGGCCAAUGCCAGACCAGCCGUCCCAGGAAGGAAUUUCGGAGCAGACUCUCUGGACUCAGAGCUCUCAAUGUUCGAUUCAUCGGAGGACAGCAGUUCGGAUUUCCGGGACUUAGAGCGGGAGAUGUUUGGAAGCAUGUUUCGCUCAGAAACGCUGACGGCCCUGUAGGGAGUGAGAGAGGGC